AUGGCAUCCUCAACCACCAUGAACCCCCCCGGCAUAUCCGUCCACAUCACCGUGCACAUCCGCGCCGAAGAAAUCCCCGCAUUCCUGCACGCCUUCCGCAGCACCUUUGACGCCGUCGCCAACGAGCCCGAGUGCACCCUCUUCCAGGUCUACCAGUCGCCCCAGAACCCAGGCGAGAUCUCGUGGGUGGAGCACUGGUCCGCGUCGCUGGAGUAUCUCACGGGCGUGAUUCUCAACAGAGACUAUAUCCUUCGGUUCCUUGAGCUCACGGAGCCCAUGUAUGCGAGGCCCCGCGAGGCGAGGGUUUUGACGAGGGUUGCUGGGCUGGGGAUGGUGAAGAGGGGGGAGGGGAGUGGAUGA